AUGCUCCUGGGGGUUUAUUAUGAUGGGGUUGUGUCGAGCCAGUCGUCGAUUAUCUCUCUAUCGUUUGUAUCUUGCUUCUUCGAUAUACCUGUCUCUCCAAGCAGAGUGUUUCAAUCAAGUCCCCGUCGUCAAGCCCAAGGAAAUGUUUUUAAAAAAUUAAAUGUCUGGCGCAUCAAAUGUCAAAGAAAGAUAUCUGGCUGUGCUGUGCUUCCUCCAGCAGGCGCACCGCUGCAGCCCCCCGUUCCCGUCCAACGGUACGUAAGAUUACAUAAUCUAACCUUGAACAUUAGUAGCCCGCCCACCCCCCCACCCCAACCCCCUGGCUCCCCACAUUUUCCCCAAUCCCUGUUUCCGGCCGGCAACUGCCAUCAUCUGCAACCCUCCACCAGCACCACCACUAUAUCCCACCACCCGACGACAGCAAGCAAAACCGCAACAAUGGGCUGGCUAUCCUCCUCCUCCCCCGAAGACCAACGCUCCCAAGAAAUCCGCGCCGGCACCGUCGCCCCCUCCCGCGCCGAGCGGGCCCGCUGCUGGGAGGCCCGCGACGGGUAUUUUGCCUGCCUGGACAAGAACAACAUUGUGGACGCGCUGAAAGAGGAGAAAGCCGCUGGCAAGGCUUGCGGGGCGGAGGGCAAGGUUUUUGAGAGGGAUUGUGCUGCUCAGUGGGUAACAUACUUCAAAAAGUGGCGCGUCCAAGACAUCCAAAAACGUCAACGCAUCAAGGAGCUCGAGGCCCAAGGCGCAAACAGGCUGGACGUGCAGACCGACUUCACGCCAAGGGGUUAA